GCGCCGUGAGGGAGCGGUGUGUGGCAGCGGGGAGAUUAUAUAUUCGUCUUUGCUUUGUUUCUUGUGGCAAUUGUGAUCUUCUAGCUAAUUGAUACGCUCCUAGGAUUCAGACAACACAUCAAGCUGGUGUUUAAACGCAGCUAUAGUGACAGGCUGUUCGAUUGACGGGAGUGGAAGCUGCGCUGCAGUCGGCUUGGCCGGUUAUCGUUUUCGCCGUAGGUUUGCAAGGGGAUCAGUCGCCAUGGACCAGGAGCAGAAUCAGAGGCAGUCGGCGCCACAGCUCUGCCGCAACGGCUGUGGCUUUUACGGCAGCCCCAGCUUCGACGGCCUGUGCUCUAAGUGUCACAAGGACUCUGGCAAGAAGGACGACUCGCCACAGGACGCGGGCACCGCGGCCGACAGCCUGAGCCAGGUGCUGCUCAGCGAGACGACGUCAGCCCUGCUGGCUGUCACCGGCCAGCCGACCGUGUCGGUGCUGCCGGCCGCCGCCGACAAGAAGGCUGAGUCCGCGGAGGCCAGCCCCCAGAAAUCACCGACGGCCUCGGCCGCUUCCACCUCCACCGACGUCUCCGCCGGCUCCUGCACCGACACCGCCCCGUCGCCGGCCGAUGGCGUCAGCAAGAAGAAAAAGAACCGCUGCGAAGUGUGCCGCAAGAAGGUCGGCUUGACAGGGUUUACGUGCCGGUGUGAUGGCCUCUUCUGUUCGCUACACCGGUACAGCGACAAGCACGACUGCACGUUCGACUACCGCCAGCUUGGCCAGCAGGAGAUCCGCAAAAAUAAUCCCGUCAUCGUCGGCGAGAAAGUCAACAAGAUUUGAGCGCCGGCGCCCGUGUCGCCGCGGGCGGGCCUGCCGUGCGGCAGGACCUGGCGCGGGAAGGUCGUGCCCGCGCCUCGCGUCCGCCCCGCCCCGGCCCAGGCCGCGGACGCUGGCGGUGCGACGGCGCCGGCCGCCGCCGGCCGCCGCUCGCCCGUGAUCGGCCGUUCGGGAGCGCUGACGCGGCGGUCCGUCGGCCGGCGCCGCUUGGCUUUGUGCACAGCAUGGUGGGGUGGCUCUUGCCGCCGCUGGCGACGGUGCCGGGCGGUGGGACAGGGAAGGGAGGAGCUACCGACGGGGCCGGCACUCACGCGGGGUAGAGAAUGUUUUGUGUAGCUCAACUCCCAUGUGUGUAAUCCAUUGGAAUGUGAACUCAUCUGGAUCCCGCCGCGCUGCCUUCACGCGCUUUCAUCGGCCUAGAGUGUAGGUGAUCUGGUUGGACCCUCCCUCGCCUCGCGUGCUAUUCAUGAUCAUUUGUGGAGUGUUGAAAUCCUUUGUAAUGCCCUGAUUCUGCGUGCGCACUUCGUGUAUGGAGGUUUCAGUGUUCAUGCGGACGCCACGUUGUGUUGAAUAAAUUGCAUGCGUUACUAUUGAUAUAUACAUAUAUCUCACAUGACGUUGGUUUCUAUAUUAUCGAGUAUCGAUGUGGUGUAGUCUAUGUGGGUAGUAGCGUUCCGAUUGAGGUCUGCAUUUGCGGAGCAACGCCGCACGUGUGCGGUCCUGGUAGUUGCAGUGGCGAGCGUUUUGCGGUGUUGCGGGGUCCAGCGUCUCUCGAAAUGUAUUGCCUGAGAUGUUCCUAGCCGUCACCUGGCUGGCAUGCGUCUUUUUUCUCGCGCUGUUUGUCUGUUCAGGCACAUCCGCUUGCCUAGUAAGUGCACCGGGGCAACAUGGACGCGGUAGCGUGCAACACGAUUUGCGAGGCUUACUCGACGUCGGCCGUUUCAAUCACACUUGUAAUGGUAUGUCAGACAAAUAAACAUCUAAAGCGGUC